UUGACCUCAGUCCACCUCAGACAGGAGACGGGCUGUGACUCUCCGUGAGUUUUACACUGAGUCCCGCGUGAUUGUUGUUUGUCGGUGGAGUCAUGUCUGUCCCGCAGCUCGGGUAUAUCAGAGCGCUGCACGGGCCGAUGGCGGGGCGCGUGGGCGCGGAUCUGAGCGCGUCGGGCUCGCGCAGCGUCCUCUCUAAUGUAAUGUAUGGAGCUCCAUUCAGCAGCGCGCAGGGUUACAGCGCUUUCCUGCCGUACUCCAGUGACCUUACUAUACUCAGUCAGCUGGGCUCACAGUACGAGUUUAAAGACAGCCCUGGUGUUCAGCAUGCAGGGUUUCCUCAUGCAUCCUUCUACCCAUACGGACAUCAGUAUCAGUAUGGAGAUUUAUCCCGAUCCAAGAACGCCACCCGUGAGAGCACCAGCACCCUGAAGGCCUGGCUCAGCGAGCACCGGAAAAACCCCUAUCCCACCAAGGGUGAGAAAAUCAUGCUGGCCAUCAUCACAAAAAUGACCCUCACUCAGGUCUCCACAUGGUUCGCCAACGCCCGCAGGAGACUAAAAAAAGAGAACAAAAUGACCUGGGUUCCCAAAACGCAAACCGAUGAGGACGGAGAUGGGUACACGAGCGACAACGAGGAAGGAGACAGGAAAGACGAGGAUGAGGAGAUAGACUUGGAGAACAUAGACACUGAGAAUUUCGAAGACAAGCAGGAUUGUGAAUUUGGGGAUGAUGUGAAAUCGGUGUCUAAAGUAUCGGACAGGACUGAAUUUGAAACAUCUGAGGAAUAUCACCAUACGGAAGCUGAAAAGAAUUUUGUGAACAAUAUGAUGAGUGAUGAAAAAUCAGAUGAGGCUGAGAGAGAUCAAAUGAAAAAGAGUCCGGAAGCACAGCAGCCCUUAGACAAUCCACCCCAAAAGCCCAAAAUCUGGUCUUUAGCUGAAACUGCAACUACGCCAGAUAGUCCCAAAAAGUCUUCUUGGAGGAACUGUGAUGCUCAGGCGAUCAGAAAUCCUAUCCAUGUUCAAAACUGGACAAAAAUGGCUUUCUCUGCCCAUCAGAUGGCAUUAACCAGCCAUUACCUUGGACUUAAACAGCAAAGCAACCUAAAUAACCACAUACACAUGAAGCAUGGAGACCAGAGGACUCACAACUUAUGAAUAAACCAGACAUUUUUCCAUGUAUUGUUUUUGAUUAUGGGAGUUUUUUAUCUAUCAGAGAAAUAUCAUAUUUCUACUUAAUGGAUGCCCUGAAUUUAUAAUAGAUUGAAGCUGACAUCUUUAAUUAAUAUGAGAUUAUAUGUUUUAUAAUGUUAUUAUUGCCGUACAAAGAAAUUUCACUCUUUGAUUUGUUAGACAUUCUUAAGUAACAAUUAAUCCUAAAUAUACUGGUUGGAUUCAGAGCUAGCAUAUUUAAAUAAAAUAAAUAUAAAUGAAUAGGUUGUACAAUAUCAAAUUAAAUGUUAAAGAUAGUUCACAGAGGUUGCCUAUAUAGUGCCUAUAUGGGAAUUUGUCUUAAAAUACACACAUACAGCGUUGUUCACAUAAAUUGUGAAUUGAAGUGCUGCAUCUUCAUCACUGUCUUAUUUUAACACAUCCGUUUUAAGGAUUUGCAAUAAGUGACACCAGAAUUUAUCUUCAUCUUUGUUGGUCAAUAAUUCUGUAUUAUUGUUACGUCAAAAAGUGUUUUGUCCCAUUUCAGUUUGUAUGUGCUUUUCUGAAAUCUACAAAUUUUGAAUGAGCUUCAUUUAUAUAUGGAGGAAAAAGCUAAAUAUUUCAAAUGAUUUUGUAAAUGUUAUGAAAAUGUACCUACUUGAAUAAUAUUGUAC